GCGCACACGACCUCCCACACAAUGUUCCUUCAGUCCGUUUCUCGGGCUGCUGCACGCAGCUCGGCCAUGUCCACCACUGCCAUUCGUUCCUACCGCACCGUCUCGGGCCCAAUGGCUUGUCUGAAUGCCCGCCCUCAGCCUGCGAAGAAGUCUAUCGCUCCCCAGCAGACCCGCGCCGCAUCCGAGCACGCCAUCUCGAAUCCCACACUCGCCGGUAUCGAGAAGCGCUGGGAGGCCAUGCCCCCUCAGGAGCAGGCCGAUCUGUGGAUGCAGCUCAGGGACCGUAUGAAGGUUGACUGGCACCAGAUGACUCUUCAGGAGAAGAAGGCUGCUUACUGGAUUGCUUUUGGUCCCCAUGGUCCUCGCGCGCAGGCCCCUAAGGGAGAGGGUCUCAGAAUUGCCGUCAAGGUCGCCCAGCUCACUGCUGUCUCCGUUGCCGUUUUCUAUGUCAUUCACUUGUUCGCUAAGCCCCAGCCUAAGACCAUGUCCAAGGAAUGGCAGGAGGCUUCCAACGAGUAUGCCAAGGCCGAGAAGAUCAACCCUAUCUACGGUAUCAGCGCCGAGGGUUACGAGGGUAAGGGCUUCGUCCAGAGCCCUCCUCUUGAGAAGUCAUAG